AUGAGCUCAUGAGAGAUGCUUUUGAACGAAGGCAACGACUUAAUUCCAUCAGUCAAAUUGAUAAUUUCAAAAUGGCUGUAAUUUUGCAGGGUUUGUUAAUGAAAAGGCACAUCGUCCUGUAUUGAUGCAUCAAAAUUAUUUUUAUUGGACAAUAUUUAGUUCAUUUUCACUGUAGCAGUACUUUCCAAACUAUUUGUUAACCAGUUUCAACAACAUGCCAUCAUCAAGGGGUAUUUUCGCUGCAGAAGAGAUUGAAAGUACUUGUUACUUUCCUUCUACAGAAGUUGUAACGGCUGUGGAAUUUAGUCCUUAUAAAGAUACAUCAAAACUAAUUGCUUAUGGUGGAGAAAGUCGUGUAUGUAUUGGCGCAUGUAUAUUUAAUGAUGAAAACCUACAUGAUUUUAAAUUUGAGCACCAAGUCGAUAUACUGCAUGGUACCAGGGUUGAUGUCAUCUCUUGGUCACCACAAAGCACUACUAAUCAGUAUCCUGCUCUACUGAGGUUCUGCACUGCUGGGGGUGAUCGAAAGUUGAGAUGUUUCUCAGUAGAUUCAAAGCAUAAUUCUAUUGUACAAAUUUUUGAAGGACACAAGAGCUACAUCAAUGAUUGUAUUUUUGAUCCUGUCCAAGGCAAUGCAAUUGCCAGCGUGAGUGAUGAUCACACAUGUCGAUUAUGGGAUGUGGAAACUAGGCAGGAGAUAACACAAUUUCGACUUUUGUCCCCUGGUGUUUCUGUUAAAUGGAUCCCCAACGAACCAAACAAAUUACUGGUUGCUCAAAAGAAUGGCACUGUUAAAAUCUAUGAUAUUGCAAGUCAUCGACCAUUCAUGUCAUUCAGUACUUUGGCUUCACCUUUAAAGUGUGUUGAUUGGUCGAUAGCUAAUCCUAUCAGAGUUGGUGGUGUUGUGUCAAAUGAAUGGGAAAUUUGGGACAUAUCACAAUAUAGUUCACCUCAAGCAUGCAAAGAAGCUCAUAUUGAAGGAGCAUGCAAUUUCAAAUGGUGCAAGUUGACAGAUGGAAUAUUUGCCACAUCUGGUUAUCCUGGAAACCAGAUCAAGGUGUUCCAAGUUGGUCAUCACAAGAAUCCAGUCACUGCAAAUCUUAAAGUUGGAGGUGGUUUGUCAUGGCACUGCCACUUGCCUAUCCUGGCAGCUGGAGGGGAUCGUGCAGUACAUUUAUGGCGCUUGGAACUUUAAGACAUUUUACUUUUGAAAGAAUGAUUAUUCUAACACUUAAGCAUCAAUGGCAUUGAUACAAAGAUGUGGAAAGAAGUGCCAAACACUUAAGUAAAACAAUGCAUGAAGUAUUGUUGGUCCAACAUGAACCCUGUUAAGUGUUUUGUUUAUGAUGAGAAUGUUUCUUCAUUUUCUAUGUCAACAGUAUUAUCAAGCAAAUACAUUCAUUGCCCUAUUGCCA